UCUCCCCGAGAGCAGGGUGUGGCCAGUGGUCCAGAUGGUCAGUCAGUCCCUGAUGGCCAGCCUGUCCUGACAGGGGAGAGCCAAGCCUCGCUCCCCACCAUGUCGGCUGGCCGGGUGGGCUGAGGGUGCGGAACACCGAGAGCGCGCGACCUGCUGGCCGCGGCUCCGAGCAGCCUGGGAGGUUCCGCGGCUCGGGCUCGUGCUGUCAGCGUCCGCCGCCCUCCCGGCUUCACUUCCUCCCGCAGGGCCCGCCGCCCCGCCGAGGCCGGGGACCCAGCGGCCCGCAGCUGCGCCCGUCACGCCCUUGCUCCAGCUGUGCGGGCCCCAGUCAGACCUCCCAUCCCAGCCUGAGUCUGGAAGGAAGGAGGAGCCUCUGACACCUCUGCUUCCACAGAGUUUGGAGCUGAACAGAGCAGCCUCCACCCGUUAGGAUGACCUCGCCCCCCAGCCCUCUGGAUUUCAGGCUUGAGACAUCGGAUGAAGUCCAAGAAGAGGAUGCUAAGGUGGACAAAGGAAAAUUGGGCCAUGGGGAUGGGCCACCCCCCAUGGAGUCACCAUUCCAGGGCGAGGACCGGAACUUCUCCCCUCAGAUCAAAGUGAACCUCAAGUACCGAAAGGGAGCAGGUGCCAGCCAGCCAGACCCAAACCGCUUUGACCGUGACCGGCUCUUCAGCGUGGUCUCCCGGGGUGUCCCCGAGGACCUGGCUGGGCUACCAGAAUAUCUGCGCCGGACCAGCAAGUACCUCACGGACUCAGAGUACACAGAGGGCUCUACGGGGAAGACGUGCCUGAUGAAGGCCGUGCUGAACCUUCGAGACGGGGCCAACGCCUGCAUCCUGCCACUGCUGCAGAUUGACAAGGACUCUGGAAAUCCCCGGCCCCUGGUCAACGCCCAGUGCUCAGAUGAGUACUACCGAGGCCACAGUGCCCUGCACAUUGCCAUCGAGAAGAGGAGCUUGCAGUGUGUGAAGCUCCUGGUGGAAAAUGGGGCAGAUGUGCAUGCCCGGGCCUGUGGCCACUUCUUCCAGAAAAAGAGCCAAGGGACUUGCUUCUAUUUCGGUGAGCUGCCCCUGUCUCUGGCCGCGUGCACCAAGCAGUGGGAUGUCGUGACCUACCUCCUGGAAAACCCGCACCAGCCCGCCAACCUGCAGGCCGCCGACUCACUGGGCAACACGGCCCUGCAUGCCUUGGUGAUGAUCGCAGACAACUCGGAGGAGAACAGCGCCCUGGUGAUCUGGAUGUACGACGGGCUCCUCCGCGCUGGGGCCCGCCUCUGCCCUGCUGUGCAGCUCGAGGACAUCCCCAACCUGCAGGGCCUCACGCCCCUGAAGCUGGCCGCAAAGGAGGGCAAAAUCGAGAUUUUCAGACACAUCCUGCAGCGGGAGUUCUCGGGGCCAUGCCAGCCCCUUUCCCGCAAGUUCACUGAGUGGUGCUACGGGCCUGUCCGGGUGUCUCUGUAUGACCUGGCCUCUGUGGACAGCUGGGAGGAGAACUCAGUGCUGGAGAUCAUCGCCUUUCAUUGCAGAAGCCCGCACCGACACCGAAUGGUGGUUUUGGAGCCGCUGAACAAACUGCUGCAGGCGAAAUGGGACCUGCUUAUCCCCAGGUUCUUCUUCAACUUCGUGUGUUACUUGAUCUACAUGUUCAUCUUCACUGCUGUUGCCUACCACCAGCCUGCCCUGGAGAAGCAGGCCUUCUCCCCCAUGAAAGUGACAGCCGGAAACUCCAUGCUGCUCCUGGGCCACAUCCUGAUCCUGCUUGGGGGGGUCUACCUCCUCGUGGGCCAGCUGUGGUACUUCUGGAGGCGCCGUCUGUUCAUCUGGAUCUCAUUCAUGGACAGCUACUUUGAAAUUCUCUUCCUGGUCCAGGCCCUGCUCACAGUGCUGUCCCAGGUGCUGUGUUUCCUGGCCGUCGAGUGGUACCUGCCCCUGCUUGUGUCCUCGCUGGUGCUGGGCUGGCUGAACCUGCUUUACUAUACACGCGGCUUGCAGCACACAGGCAUCUACAGUGUCAUGAUCCAGAAGGUCAUCCUGCGGGACCUGCUCCGCUUCCUUCUGGUCUACUUAGUCUUCCUUUUCGGCUUCGCUGUAGCCCUGGUGAGCCUCAGCCGGGAGGCCUGGGUUCCCCAGGUCCCCACAGGCCCCAAUGUCACAGAGGCAGUGCAGUCCGGGGCGGGACAGCAUGAUGAGGAGGGCAGCACGGCCCCAUACAGGGGCAUCCUGGACGCCUCCUUGGAGCUCUUCAAAUUCACCAUUGGCAUGGGCGAGCUGGCCUUCCAGGACCAGCUGCGCUUCCGUGGGGUGGUGCUGCUGCUCCUGCUGGCCUACGUGCUGCUCACCUACAUCCUGCUGCUCAACAUGCUCAUCGCCCUCAUGAGCGAGACCGUCAACAGCGUGGCCACCGACAGCUGGAGCAUCUGGAAGCUGCAGAAAGCCAUCUCUGUCCUGGAGAUGGAGAAAGGCUACUGGUGGUGCAGGAGGAAGAAGCAGCGAGCAGGUGUGUUGCUGACCGUUGGCACCAGGCCGGACGGUAGCCCUGACGAGCGCUGGUGCUUCAGGGUGGAGGAAGUGAACUGGGCUGCAUGGGAGCAGACGCUGCCUACAGUGUGUGAAGAGCCAUCAGGGUCAAGCGGUGCUGGUACCAUGAAGAAUCCAGCCCUGACCUCCCAACCAGGGGAGGAGAGUGCCUCGGAGGGAGAUCAGCUGCCCCUCCAGCUCCUGGAGUCCCACUGAUGGCCCAAACACACCAGCAGGCCGGCAGGACAGAGCCAGGGAAUUUUUCCAGCCCUACCUGCUGAAUCUGGGGAAUUUCGGUGGCAACUAUAAAUAAAUAUUUUCUCAUGACUAAUUCUCCUGGAAACAAUAGUUGAGCAAAGAUACUGGGCCCUUGGGCCGGUUGACAUCUUGGGCCGGCUGCAUGUCCCUGUGAACACAGGUUGGAGUCUGGGGCUGGGCCCCUACUGCCCUCAUCUGGGCAAAGAAGACCCUCAUCUGCCGCCCCUAGCCUCAGGCUGUCCUCUUCCUGGGUACAGGCAGCUGGCCGAGUUGCUGUGCUCGCUGUCAUGGCAGAAGUAUGGUGGUGGACACCAGCAAGCACAGCCAUCUCUCCUCCCUCUUCCACAGCUUCCAGACACCCUUUAAAGCCACCUCCAAGAUGUCUCUCAAAGCUCCUCGGCUUAGUUCAGGCUCUGCAUUGUUGCUUUCUCUCCCUUCCGGGCUGCCCGCUCAGUCCCACCGCUCCAAGCUGUUCUCUGCAGGGCAGCCAGAGGGUCCUUCCUAAGACAGACAGGAAAUAUGUUACCCCUGUGCACUGAAGGCUUAAGACGUUCCCCUAGUGCCUCCAGGAUGCCCUAGCUGGCAUCUCCAGCCCUCCACGGUUUUACCCAAGCGUUCCAGACACUUCUUCCCCAACACCCCUGCUGCCUUCCAUGCUCUCCUUCUCACUUUCAUUAAAUUCUUCACGGAGACUUAUGGACCUCAUAUGUAUCUGACCCCUUGAUUUGCCUCUUACUAGAUCCCCGCCCCCGUUAAAAUCCUUCAAAUUCUAAGACCAGCUCAAAAGUUGUCUCACUAGACCUUUUCCAGUUUUCUCCAGCCAAAAUGAAUUGGUCUCCCUGGGUGUAAUGUGCGUUUAUAAAAUGUGUACUCAUGGAUUGAAUGUUUUUUCAGUGGGAAAGAUCUGAGCAUGUUCAUAUGCUGAAAGGAAAACAUUCGCAGAGGAGACGUUUCCGUGCCUGGUGAGAUAGGGGCACGGAGGGAGGAGUCCUGAGGAAUCAGGAGAGAAGGGGAGGGGAGGACGGAAGUGGAUCCAGAUAAGACGUCUGCUCCCUCCUUAGCGGCCAUUCUAGAGGAGUGAAGGAGAGCUGUAAGCGCGGCAGAGGUGUGAGAGGCUCCGUGGAUAUCUUGAAAUAGUGGUGGGGAGAGAAUAGACUGGCAACGCUUCUUAGAAUUAGGGCUAGCUGCUAUUUAUGAAUGCUUACUGCGCGGCAAGCUCUGCACGGUUUCAAGUGUUAUAUCAUGGGAUCCUCACAACAACCUCCCGUGGUGCCGAUAUCCCCACGUACCAGAUGAGCAAUCGGAAGCUCACAAACGCCAACCAAUUUGCUCAAGACCACAGGACUGAGCAGCGGGGGCGGGACAACAUCCCGGCAGCCACGCCGAAGGCCCGCGCAGGCGCCCUGGACCUCGCCAGGCGCCUCGUGACCCAGAAUUCCCGGGGCUGUGGAAGAGACCAUGGGCUCUAAAGGAGGGGGUGUCCUUGGGUGGUGAGGCGGAGUCUGUCCGUUAAAUGUGCUGGAGGUUCCCGUGAGUCUUUGCCAGAACCACCCCCCUUCUAUGAGGAAUGGAAUGUUCCAGGCCCUUAAGGGCCUGGGACGCAGCUGAGGCGACCUUUCUGUUACGGUUGUGUUAGAGGUAGCGUGUCUGUGUCGGGCGCUAGUGGCUGGUGGCGAGGCCAAUGAGUUAGUCUUUCUAGUUUCUAGAAAGAUGUUUUCGGGAAGCUCGCUUGGAGAGCGAGGGCGACUCUGUAACGGCGCGUCUCGCGGCGCCGUGGCCGGGGUCGAGCGUCUCGCAGGGCCGCGCUGCGCCGGGCCUCAUGGACCACGUGUGUUUUCGGAGGGGCUGCUGCCCUCUCGGGAGCCGAGGUCUGGAAAGGCCGGGCCUCUGUUCCCCAGGCCUUCCGCGGGGAGUGGGCAACCCCGAGAGAACUGGUCUGUUGAGAUCUCGACUGUUCACUUGAACGUGACUGCCAGAAUCUGCCCUAAAACGCAUCAUUCCUUCGUGUUUCAGAUGGCAAACCCACUGCUGACUAUGAAUGGGAGCAGCAUUGCACCCUGGGGUUGCAAAUUAGUGAAGGGUUGACACUGAUCACCAACAGCUGUGUAUUGGAGUGAGGCGCGAUGGCCUGCUAUGAGGUUUUGAGUGCUGAAGAGUGGUGAUUAGCAGUGCAGAGUUUUAAAGCCAGUGGCAGCAGCAGCUCAGCCCCAGAAAAAGGCUGUUUUCCCUGAUGAUGGUCAGCCAUGAUGCGGCAGGGGCAGAAUUGAAAGUCCCAAGGACCAGUGGCCACCGUGCAUUUGGACGCUAAAAGCAUUUGUUGUAGAAACAUGCUCACCUUGUGUUGAGUAUCAGGCCAUUCUUAUCAACAGGAGAGCCAAGAAAUGUAUUCAGCAACCUUUUUCUACGAUAGGCGCUUUUGGUGUUAAGUUCAUGAGUUUUCUAGUAUUGUCCCUUGCACAGAAGGAGCUUCUAUGUUUUUGAAUACUGUAUAAAUUAUGUUGGGUGAGGGUCUGAAUUCUUAAGCUGGGAACUUCUUCCUGAAAUUAAUAUUUCCAUGCAAUUACUAUAAACUAAUACUGUAAUAAAGGAUGGUCUUUGAUA